UCACGUGCUCCAGCACCCUUGAACACAACCCCUAGAUACCCCGCGUCUCAUCCAUCUCUGGUCCGCCUUGCGCGCCUUUCUCGACGAUCCCCUCUUAGCUUGCAGCAGCAACUUCAGCAGCAGCAGCUCUCAGCCUCGCCAGUACAGGUUCCUCGUUUGACCAGACUUGCCUCGCAGUCUACCGGGUUCCAUCUGUCUUCGUCUCAUCGGUUUAGUCCCUCCACCAGGCAGCACCUCUUGCGUCACCAAGCCGCGUCCGUUGCUCCGAAUUCUGCUCCGAAUUCUGCUUAUUCCAAUCGCCCGCCCGUUCCCCUAUUCAACAGUCCUCUCAACUACCCCUAUCAGAAACGGCAACAAAGCCAGAUUAAUCACCGUCGCAUAAUGUCUACCCCCAAUAUUGCUCAAGAUCUCCCUGAUCUCUUUGAUCUGCAGUCGGACCGCUUUGGAGACGACUUCGUUCCGACCACGGAACCGACCAUGCUCUCCCCUCAGCAGAUGACCGCCGGCGUAAUGUCAGGUCCUGACUCUCUGGCGGAGAUCCCCUCGGGGACCGUCUCGCCGAAGGAUCUGUUCGUGGAUGCGUCCGCUCCGCCGUCGGCCUCUUUCACCGAUCUGAGCACCCCCUCCUUCGAGUCUCCUGGAUACUUUAGCCAAGAUACAUCCCCCAUGUUCGCUACGGACAUGGAGCUGGGUCCUGGAGUCGAAGAAUGGGACUCUCUCUUCCCUUCUCAGGAUGGCUUCUCCCUGGGUCUGGACUCCACCACCCUGGAUCUCGCUGCGGCGUUGUCUCAGCCCAAGGCUGACACUUUCCCGACAUCCCCAGCCGUCCGUUCCACAUCGUCCCGUGCUCCCUCUCCCGCCUCCACGCGCUCAGUAUCCAAGCCCUCCACAGUUGCUGGCGUCAAUGCGCGCCAACGGAAGCCUCUGCCUCCGAUCAAGUAUGACAACUGUGAUCCAGUGGCCAUGAAGCGCGCUCGUAACACUGAGGCGGCUCGCAAGUCGCGUGCCCGUAAGCUGGAGCGUCAGGACCAGAUGCAGCGCCGGAUCGAUGAGUUGGAGAAAAUGCUCGAAGAGUCUCAACGAAAUGAGCAGUAUUGGAAGGCCCUGGCUCAGAACAAGGUCUAAAGGAUAUUAAAAGCCGGUUCUUUUUUUUUUUUCUACGCGAUGUAUCGUGCCGUUUCUGCUAGCUCUGUUUUGAAUGGGUUUCUGCGGAGGGCGGGGGCUUCGAGCCUCUCGUCAACCCAGAUGCUGGAAGCGCUCAGCGCCUU